UCUGCCGCAUCGUCUCCUCCCACUCGUCUUGCUCAGCGUUCACGACCCACACACCAAGGCCAUGCCUCGCUUCUCCUCCACCACGCCCAUGUCGCCACUCCGCCUCCGCCUCCGCCUCCGACUCGGCGCCCGCCACUCCUCCUCCACCUCCCAUUCCUCACGCAGCUGGGAUCCCCACUCCGCCUUCGCCGCCGCCGCGGAGCGUGCGCGCUCUGGCAUCCUCACCCCGGAGGACGCACACCACCUGUUCGACGAAUUGCUCCGGCAGGGCAAUCCUGUCCAGGACCGCCCCUUGAACAAACUUCUCUCCGCCCUCGCCCGUGCUCUGGCGUCCGCGACCUGCAGAAACGGCCCUGCACUCGCGGUCGCCCUCUUCAGCCGCAUAUCCCAAGGUGCCCGCCGACGUGUGGCAGAGCCAACGGCCUGCACCUACGGCAUCCUCAUGGACUGCUGCUGCCGCGCACACCGCCUCGAUCUGGUGUUCGCUUUCUUCGGCCGUCUCCUCAGGACGGGACUUAAGGCAGGCGUCAUUCAAGUUUGCACUCUUCUCAAGGGCCUCUGCCGCGCAAAGCGGGCUGAUGAGGCUCUCGACGUGCUGCUUCACAGGAUGCCUGAGCUGGGCUGCACCCCCAACGUGGUGGCAUAUACCACGGUCAUCCACGGCUUCUUUAAGGAAGGCCAAGUAGGCAAGGCAUGCAAUCUGUUCCAUGGAAUGGCGCAGCAGGGCGUUGCGCCUAAUUUGGUGACAUAUAACUCGGUUAUUGAUGCGUUGUGCAAGGCCAAAGCAAUGGACAAGGCAGAGUAUUUCCUUGGUCAGAUGGUUGAUGAUGGUGUCGUACCUGAUAAUGUGACAUAUAAUAGCCUCAUCCAUGGAUAUUCCUCUUCAGGCCACUGGAAGGAGGCAGUUAGGGUAUUCAAAGAGAUGACAAGUCGGAGGGUUACAGCAGAUGUGCAUACUUACAACAUGUUUAUGACCUUUCUUUGCAAACAUGGAAGAAGCAAAGAAGCUGCAGGAAUUUUUGAUACCAUGGCUAUCAAGGGCCUGAAACCUGACAACGUUUCAUAUGCUAUUCUCCUUCAUGGGUAUGCCACCGAAGGAUGCUUAGUUGAUAUGAUUAAUCUCUUCAAUUCAAUGGAAAGAGAUUGUAUUCUACCUGACUGUCGUAUCUUCAACAUACUGAUUAAUGCAUAUGCUAAAUCUGGGAAGCUUGAUAAGGCUAUGCUUAUCUUCAAUGAAAUGCAGAAACAAGGAGCGAGUCCAGAUGCAGUCACGUAUUCAACUGUAAUAGAUGCAUUUUGCAAAAAGGGUCAGUUGGACGAUGCUAUGAUAAAGUUUAAUCAGAUGAUUGAUACAGGAGUACCACAGGGCACAGCUGUUUAUGGUUCUCUAAUCCAGGGUUUUUGUACACACGGCGAUUUGGUGAAAGCAAAGGAAUUGGUUACUGAAAUGAUGAACAAAGGUAUACCUCCUCCUGAUAUUAAGUUCUUCCAUUCAAUCAUGCAGAACCUUUGCACAGAAGGAAGGGUAAUAGAAGCACGGGAUGUCCUUGGCUUGAUAGCGCACAUAGGUAUGAAGCCUAAUGUUUGCACAUUUAAUAUACUGGGCGGUGGAUAUUGCCUAGUCGGCAAGAUGGAGGAUGCCUCAAAAAUAUUUGAUGAUAUGAUGUCAUAUGGCUUAGAACCUUCUAAUAUUACGUAUGGUAUACUUAUUAAUGGCUAUUGCAAAAACGAAAGGAUUAACGAUGGGUUGAUUCUGUUCAAAGAAAUGUUGCGCAAGGGACUUAAACCUACAACUUUUAAUUACAACGUCAUACUGGAUGGAUUAUUUCUAACUGGACGAACUGUUGCUGCAAAGGAAAAGUUUGAUGAGAUGGUUGAAUCUGGAGUAAGUGUGUGCAUUGAUACAUAUUCGAUAGUUCUUGGUGGACUUUGUAGAAAUAAUUGUAGCGGCGAAGCAAUCAUGCUAUUCCAGAAAUUAAGCACAAUGGAUGUGAAAUUCAAUAUUACAAUUGUCAAUAUAAUGAUUGAUGCCUUCUACAGGGUUCAGCGAAACCAAGAAGCCAAGGAUUUGUUUGCUGCAGUAUCAGCCAAUGGUUUGGUAGGGAAAGGGAAAUAUAGAGAACACAUAGGAUUGCUCCCUGCAAAGUAUCGGUUUCGUGAAGAAGCAGCCACAGUUGUGUAGUUUGAUACAUGGUAAACUUUAGUUCUCCUAGGCCUGCCAAAGUAUCCUUCUGCUUGUACAACAAAUGCAUUUCCUAUAUGUAAGAAGAAAUUCAGUAUAGAAGAAGCUAUCAGGAUGACGCAAGGAGUACAAAUCAAACGUGCCCAGAACAGAAGACAGACCUAGACCUACCAAAACAAAGCUGAAUCCAAAUUUUAACAGAAGAAGCAGCAAAAAACUGAAGAUGUGCAGUAUGCUAGCCAAACACCUACGGGAGAGCGACAGGUGGUCGAGCCGUUCACUCCUGCCAGUAUCCAUGGCUUGGCCUCGCAUGGAAUCGAGUCAACCAGUCCCUGGCGGUUUCAGGUGGCUCCACUGAAGAUGCUUUCAUUUCUCUGAAAUUUACUGCAAAACUGUUUUUUUUUUUCGUUCUCGGCAACUUUGAAUUUCAGAGACAUAAAUGUACCAAGCAUUACAAGGAACAACAUGAGCAGGGGAGAAGAAAGGACAUGUGUACAGAGAGCCUUACACGUAUGUGCUGGAGACACAGCAUUGCAGUCUGCACAAGUCUGCAUCUUUUGUGCUUGUGCAGUAUUUUUUGCACAUGUUCUCUGGAUACAGUUGCAGCAGUGUUAAGGGUGAUUUUUUUUUUGUGUAACCUGGCAUAAAUUAUGAGGUGUAGUGGUUAUGUUUAGAGCAUGGCUCCAAUUCUUCUUCUAGAUGCA